AGAAGAAGACAAAUACAGGGGAGGUAGUUUUCUAUGGAUCAGUUGAUGAAUUCAUGUUCCUUCCACCUGGCUUUUCAUGCCUGAAAUGAUAAAGGCACUGUGCGUGUGUACUAUAAAUAAACUUUUAAAAACAUGAUUUAAAAACACCUCUGGCAAAGCACAUGCUUAACUGAAACUUGCAUGGUGGAAGUUGACUCAGGGAUGUAGGAAGGAGAUGGGGAAAGAGCAAGUGGGAGGAAAUAAAUGGAACCUGCUGUCAGAGAAAAGCCACUUGUUUGUGAUUUUUAGGCCAUCCAAGCUCUUCGCAUCUCAGCCUUGGGAAAUCCCUGCUGACUUCCUGGAUAUUUGUCCUAGGCAUGCAUAUGUAUGUGUGAAUUGAGAAUGCAAGUACUAACAAAGCUGUAUGAGCAGGUUGAUUCAACCUACUAGAAUAAGAUCAGAUGUCUUAGAAUUGUGGUUGAUUCUCCGGUUCUAGAAAUCCAAAUAUCUCUGGUUGACAGUCUCCAAUUAAUAAGACAAUAUAAUUUCAACAAGUCCUGUCCUCUUAAUGAAUUUUCAUACAUUCAAUCUGCAAUGUAGAUAGCUGCAUCUCUUUAUUUUAAAUGGACAAUACCUUUUGAUCUGCACAAAACCACAGGGUUUUAGGAAGAUGGAGCUCUUUGGGGUUUAAAUUUACAUGGUAGUAUCUGUAAUCUGCACUGCUGCUGACUCAGAGCAGGCCUGUCUUAAUUGCUUGCUUGCUUUUCAAAGAUGUAUGAACACAUCAUAUCUCUCUAAGGAGGGAAAACAGGUUUUCCACACUAGAACCUUUUUAUAUCAGCCAUGAAAGGGUUAAACACAUUGCCCAGUUCUGAGGAAGUCUGUUCCUAGGAAGGCACUGACUAUAAUAAAGUUAUGCUGCAGACACAAGCUAAUGUACUUGCAGCAAAGAUUGCAGGCUUAUCAGUAAUGAUAAACAUGCAAAGGCUUCCAAAUCUGUGUGCCCCUGCCACUUGCUUGGGGUCUUUUUUCAGAGACUAAAAGAAAACACAAGAUAUUCUCCAGGAUGGAUGGUACUCUGAAGAGGGCAUCCAGAAGGAAAAACAAGAAAACAAGAGAAACAGAGACCCUGUAUUAUUACGUGGUUUAGAACAGGUACAGGAGAUAUUAGCUUACCUGAUUCAAAAUAGUACUUGAGACUUCCAGUAUCAUGUGGGGUUGGUUCUUUCCACCCAAUCAUCAGCCUUUUGCUGAAUGUCCAAACGCUUGACAAUGCUGGGUUUUGUUGUCCUCAUUUACUUGCCAUGGCUAAUUUCUGCCUGUGGCUUUCUGCUCCUGAGCAAUCUCCAGACUUUUCUACCCAUUUGUUAGCCAUUUCCUACAAAUACUUUAUUUUUCUUUUGAACUGUUUUAAUCCUGCUGCUGAGAGGAGGGGAAUGGAGAUAGUUCCUUUAAAAGAAUGGAAUAAAAAUGCACAGUAUUGGCUACAGAAUUUCCUGCCACAGGACAGAUCUCCUGAGUCUCCUACAAAGGCAGUCCCAAUCAUAAUAUUAGAUAUAAAUAUGGUGUGCCUUGUAUAUAUUGUGUUUGUCUUUAUUUCCCUCUUUUCCCACUUGUAUCAUCAACACUGCAAAACAGGAGAUGUAGAAAUUGAGCAAGUUGCCUUUCAAAUCAAAUUCAGAAGUCUGCAAUUUAAAAUGUAGAAAUCAUUCCAGAUGGGUGAGGACGGGCACUUUGUUUCUGUCCAGGAAAGUCUAUGCCAUUCUGAAAUCUCAGCUUGGCUCCCUCUGUUUUGCCACAGCAUCUGAUUGACACCUACAUGUGUGUGGCCCUCUUAUACAGGGGUGGACUUAAGUUUGAAAAUCCGGACAUUUUUAGACUGUGACAACAGUUGGUACGGUGUUUCCAUUUGUAUUUUAGUUUGUAAAAAUUAGACAGAUUAUUUAAAAAGAGAGUGUAGCAACUUACUGCGAAAUAUCAGAGAGGUGAACAGAUUGUAAUCUUGAUAAUUUAAAAGUUUCUCUCAAUAGAGUGACUCUUUGAAUUUGCAAAGAUGGAUUUGUACAAUUUUAAAAAUUCUCUUCAGCCUGCAAUGUGAUAAAGUUAGUUCUGAGAAUGUGAAAAUGUGGGCUCCAUGUGCUAAAGCACAUUUGAAAAGAGGUGUCAGUGAAGGGGCCAAGGUUGGUGUGAACGUCAGACUUCCUGCCUUCUGCACUUUCUGUGCUGCAGCUGUAGCACGUUCGUAGUGUGGCACUUCUUUUAAGAAGGGACUCUGAAUUAGCCCAGCCUUUCCGAAGAAGACUAGCUGCAGCCAGAAAUUCUGGCCCAUCGCAGGAUGACAAGAGGAAGAGCUUUGUUACUAGCUUCUGUUUGAUCUUAGCUGCUUUUUUUUUCUGCUCUCAGUAGCAUGCUAAUGAUACCUGUGGGAGGUGAAAAAUGACUGAAUUCCUGCUAGGGUGUGGACAAGUUCGCAGUUCAGUUCUUGUCCUCUUCUACUCUGGUAAAAAUUUUGGGGGCUGUCCCAGAUACAUAAAAACUUUUUCAUAGAACAGUUUUCUGUCAUACAUCUGCUGAGGACUCUGAAUCAGAAAGACAGUAAGCACUUGACUCAAUUUGUUUUGUCUCCUCUCCCCCUUAUGUUUGAAAUGAUGAGUAUUUACUGGAAACGACUGGCUUGAAAGUGUAGGACAAGUCUGAGCUGCCCAUAAGCUCUGUUUGCUGCAGUUCAGGUUUGCUUUGUUUAUUUUGAAGUUUAAAGCUGAAAUACUGAGUGCACCCUGAAUUACCAUUCUGUUUCAAAUGCCAAAGUUGCCACUUUCUCAUUUUUCAGAUGUAAUUCACUAUGUAUUACCCCAUUCUUGGUAUCAGAGAAACCAGUACGGGUGGGUAAGCUGCACCCUGGUCAGGAGAACAGGGCAACAGUGAAACAGAAGGGUGCCAAAUGUGGAGGCAAACAUGCCCUACUUUCUGCUGCUUCCCAGGCAGAAGGUCUGAAAGUCUUUGAUAAGGAAUGGAAAGAGACCAGAAAGGAUGGGUGGGCCCUCAGAGAAGGUGAUCUGUAUGCUAAAAUAUCUUGCUUCAGCUUUGCAAGGAGCAGUGUGCAACUGCUUCAGAGGGAGGGCUAGCUGUGGUUUGUGGUUUAGGGAGUUGACACAAAUAGUCUUUGGACCCUUUUUAUGGGCCUGCAAAGCAGUGUUCUGCCUGGGGAACUGGAGCCUAUCCUCCUUGAUUUCUUGCUUAGCAGGUUCAAGGCUGUGUUCAGCGCAAGCAGUCAUGGCUGUCUGUCAGAAAUGCUCCCAGCUUAAGAAGUAGGGUUUAGCAUCCUGCGUAGUUUAUGCUAUGCUGAAGUUAGAUUAUGCUUGACAUGUCUGUAAUUAAACACUCGGGUUUGAGUUUCUGUCUUUAAACAACUGCUGCAAACCAGCAGUGAGUAUUGUGGCAGGCCUCUACGACAGUGUUUCUGUACCAAAGAACCACAGGGUAUGCUAGGCUUUUUUUUUUUCCUCUUUCAGUAAGUGAACUGUGUAACUUUUUUUGUGGACAGAAAAUACAGAACAGCGUAUUGACCUUCACUGCUGAUCAAACUUCAGUUGCACCCAGAUAUAACUGAUAGCAGGUCUUACCUGGAUUUACUUUCUCUCAAUGCACGUAGCUGGUCACACAGAAGGGAAAUGAAAUACUUCAGUAAUGGAUGUAACAUAAAUGCCUGGAUGGAAUAAGGAAAACAAAAUGUGUCAGAAGGGAAAAAGUGCUGCAAAUCUUUCAAAAUCAAUAAGAGAAAAUUUCUAUAGUUCAAAUAUUUCCUUCUGCAUGAAAGGCUGAUGCUGGACCCGGUAAAAGUCAUCCAGAUAGAGAUUACCUGAAACUAAAAUAUCAGCACGCCUAUUGAGCAGUACUGUGCUCCUUGUACCUGGCAAAGCAUUGGUUAUGCUAAUCUCCCAGUGUGCUUUCCUUCCAAUGGAAUGUUUUUCUAUUGGGAAGACCAGAAGUAAUCUUAGUGAUACUACAAAUAAGCCUGUUUGCUUAAGACAGCAUAUGUACAUCUUUUAACAAUUUGGUUGUGUACCUCCUUUGUGGGAGGAUCCCUGAUAUUAUACAAAGAGGAACAAGUACUAAUUAACUUAAUUCUGGGAACAGGAGGUGGUAUGACCUUUUCCAAAGCAAUUCUUUCAGGCUAGAGUUUAUGGAGAGGCAUUUGCUAGAUCUGGUGCCUGAGUUUCCUACAAAAACACUACUCAUUCUCUGGAGUGGCUGAAGAAUAAAUUAAUCUCCUGUCCAUCUAGUUUAGGUUCACAGACCCUUGCCUAAAGAUUGCUGGCACUGUGGCAAGAUCUAUGUUACUUGGUGUCAACAUACAGUUCUGUUUUCUAACUUAUCUUUUAGCAGAACAUAGCAAGUAGAUCCAAGUGUUUAUAGACUGUUGUUUUGGUGACCACUCAUCUUAUGUUGUGAGCAUCCAGUCUUUACUGUACCCCAAGAGGAAAUUCACUGCUGGGGCAUUUUUUUUUUCCUUGGAUAUUAAGACGUCGUCUGCCCUGGGCAUGUUCCAAAUUCCUCCCCUUUUUGACAAGUAAGUGUUAAGUAUCCUUAACCCCAUCUAGUCAUCUGGUUGCUGCACUCCCUCUGAGCUGUUCAGGGACACAACUACAACCACCCUGAGGGUACCGAUACUGUUCAAUUUUUGUUCUAGUUACCAGCACUAAGCAAUCUGUUCCAGUGGCCCCAGUGUAGACAAAUCCAGAGGUAGCCACAGUACAGCCUUAGCAGCAACUGCAAAAAGCAGAAGCUGUGGAGACUUGGCUGGGAUCCGCUGGACUCAGGACCAUCGGAGUUAGCCUGCUGAGGAACUGAGCUGCAGGCCCCACAGAGCAGGCAGGACCCUCUGGCUGGUCACAUCUCCAGCUUGCAAAGCUCCCAGGAAGCCCUGGCUGCUGCACAGUGGGCAGAAAGUGUCUGUGAGGUCUCACUAGGCUGAGAGAGGUGAGAAGUCAGCCAAUGAGACUGAAUUUUCCUCAGAGAAAAAAUGAUCUUUAGUUCCUGCUCCCUGUUGUCUUCUAAUGUUUAUUAAAAAAACAGCCAAAAAACCUAACAAAGCAACUCUUCCCCAUUCCCCACCACUGCCCCCAGCAACAAGCCCCUUAGGCUUGCUUGGCCCUUAAGAGAAACAAACGUUAAGCACCUCUUUGGAAACAGUGCAGAGGCCCAUGGCCAUCUGGCAUUCCUGAGGAGUCCGUGGCCUCCUUCUGCUCCUGCUGGGCCUGGCCACACAUCCCUAGGCACUGGGACUCACACCAUGGGGCUGCACCAGCACACCCAGCACUGUGCCCUCUCCUGAGCCCAUCCAGAGCCCUGCUUUGUGCUUGGUGUGCUCGGGAGAUGCUUAGGAAAACAGAAGCAGCACCUUUACCACACAGUAUCCUGCUCCAUAUCUGAAGUGUUGCCAGAUCAUCCUCAUCUCAUUAACAUCAUGAAGGAAACAGCUGCCACAUCCCCAUUGCACUUCGUGCCACGGCACUGCCACUAGGGCAGGAAAUCAUUUGGUAAUGAAGCUUGGGAAGGGGAAUUUAUUUAGAUCAGAACGGAGUGAAAAAUCUCUAUUUCCCAGUUGGUUUGACCCCUCUUUACAAAGAUCUAUUAGUAUAUAUAUGUAGAAGAAAGAUCUACAUGAGUGAAAAUGUGCCCUGCUAAUAUUAAAAGGUACAUUGUGGAAUUUUGCCUAAGGAUAAAAUGUAAUUUGAAAUAAAAGCUGCUGUAACUUGAUAGGGAAUAUCCACAACAGUCUUGAGGGUCUACUUUAACAAAUAGUUAAACACAGAGCCAACUCCCACCACUCCAUCUCUCAGAGCUACAUGCCCUCUUUGAUCCGUCCAUGAUGCUUACAAUUCCUCAGGGACAUGCACACUGCCAAUAGGCAGCGGUCAUUAAUAUUUAUACGAUACCUUCCGUCUGCAGAUGUGCGCUUUGUGAUUAUUAAUUAAAACAAUUUCACAAAUCCCUAAAAUUUAACUCCAUUUUUAUAGCUUACAAAACUGAGACUCAGAAAGUUUGUAUGUCCUUUCAUGAGGAUAGAAUGAGAUGAGGAAAGAUGAAGCUUGCAAGCACGGACUCCUACUAUGCUGUAUUUAUUUACAUUUCCUCAGGCAGUAAGAUGCACUGUGUAUCUGUACUACCUCAGCAAUACAAAAAAGGGUGAGCGAAGGGAACUUACUCUUUCAUUUUGGUUCUUCACACUGCAUUUGGCUGCUUUUUAAAUGCUUCUUUAAAAACACAGCCUGGGAACGACUUGCCAGCCAUGCAGACAAAGAAAUGCAUUAGACCCUUUCCUAGCAUGCUGUGUUUUAGUUCCAGUGUAAGGGCAGACAGAAGGGAUGUGGGUUAUAAUCCAAGCCUGAUGUGGGCACUGUCUUCCUGGUCCUUUCUGGGGCAUAUGGAAGGAAGGAGCUUGGCUGAGUGUGACUUUGAUAAUGGAGGGAGGGCUUGUCAUGCGAUUAGACCAGUUCACUGUAAACACCUAAGUUGCACAAGUGGCUCAAACUUUGAUCUUUUAUGCUGAGGAAAAGAAAUCUGAGACUGUGAAACCUGCCCUCAGUCACAAACAAGGAGGUGGACAUUACUCAAACCCAACUUUGGAAAUGUAAAUACAGAUAAAUGUGAUCAAAAUGGAAAAAAGCACUUCUUCCUUCCUUGUCCCUUGUUGCCUGGUGUAGCCUGCAUACACCAGGGGCUCUACUCUGACUUGUCUAGCUCUGUUUGUGAAUGCAGGCCCCAGUCCCACACCUGAAACGCCCAAAUCCAAAUGCUCCCAAAUACUGUCUGGGAUAAGGUUUAAGCCACAGGUGCAAUUAAGCUUUUAAGUGGUAAGCCUAUUUGGUUAGGGGCACACCUAGAGCCUAAAACAAGCCAAGAGGAAAACGAUCAGUCUUUCAAAUUGACAGGCGGUUCCCGAAAUACUGCUUGAAGGGUUAAGAAGAAGCUACAACAUUCGUAAUUCUCCUGGUAUUUAUUGUAACAUGUCUCUUGAACAAGUUCUCUGUGGAUGCAUCUGGCUCCCCUAGUGAAGUGGGACUUGUUUUCAAUUGCAAAUCUGGUAAUGGAUUGUCAAAAUGAUGGUGUUGCUAAGGCCCUGGGCACACUUUUCUUUGCCCUCCUUUCUUUCCCCCACUCCCUCCUGCCCAAAUCUGCCUGAGCAAACACUGAGCAAAAGGAGAAGUUUCACAAGAGUGUGUGCUGUUAGCCUGGAGUCUCUUUUCCUAUUGGCAUGUGGAGCUGUGAUUAAAAUUUUUGAGGAAAAAUAUCAUAGCAAGUUGUUCAGUACAAUACAGGUGAAUAUUUUACAAUACAAAUGUGCAUGGACAUUCAAUAAUCAUAUCGAAAAUAAUGGGUGUAAGACAUGGGAUAUUCCUUGGCAUCCUUAUUUCUUUGCACCAUGUCGUAUGUCAUACAGUUGCACUUACAACCACCAGGACAUCAGAGACCUUUGCUUUGCAUAGUCUUGAGUUCUUAGGCAAGGAUUUUAGAGUGGAACAUUAAGAUGUGGUAGUGAACAGGUCCUAAUUAGCAUCUACCUUGACUACCACAUGCUCAAAGGCUGUGAGCCUUGCUUACACUAUGCCUUUCAAACACGCUCAGCAAUAUAGUUUUUUAUCCUGGUCUAGACUAAGUCUUAAAGGUUACAUUGUCUAGUCAACCAAUCACUCCUUUUAAUGGGAAAACUGCUUUGCUUCAGGAUUGCUUCUGUGCCUGCUUUUUCCUCUUUGCUUUCUCUUUUCUCCUCCUUCCCUCUGCAUACCUUCCCUGCAGCAACUCCCGUUCCAUCUGCUGUAAUGUAAGCAUUAACUAUUUAAUUGCUGAUUAGGAAAAUCUCAUCACGUGGGCUUUGGAAUGACACUGGAGUGGGAAGAGUGGGGUGGAGGUCAGAGGAAGGAGGAGAGGAAACGAAGCAAAGUGUCCCAGAAGCCAUUUGUUGCUUCUCUGGAGGACAGAAAGGAACACAAAGCAAAAUGAUCCAGAAAUGUUGUUCGCUUGUGUCUGGAGAAACACGGUGCUUAAGAGGAGGGAGAGAACUCCACUGAUUAAACUAGAAAAGAGAAGGUUGGGAUUGAGGUUUGGGAGAAGAAGAGAGAAGAGAAAAUAAGCCCUUUAUUUCCCAUGUAACUCACAGGAAGGAAAGAAAAACUAAUCCGGAGACUUCAGUGUGCGUUAUGAGGUAAGAAAUAAUACCAGAAGCCCAGACAAAUGAGGUUAUAUUUGAAGUCUUGAUAGGAAAAUGGGCUUUAACAUGUUGUCAUAAUGCACUUGUUUAUCUUCUGCUGACUUCCCAAAAGAACUACUUUGAGAAGAUGUAAAAAUUGCAAGGUUCAAUCUUACUGGCAUAAAGGGGGGUGAAAAAGUGGGUGGAAAGCUGGUUGGAUGUAUCAACCACAGAAGUGAUGAGAUAUGAUCAUAAAGACUUCAGGUUUUAAAACACAAGAAAAUAAUGACAGAUACUUUUCACGCUGACUCCCAGCUUCUUUGGUUGCACAGCUACCCUCGUUACAGGGGCAACCUUCAGCAAGUUCCCACCAGAGCCAUGCACCGUCUGUUUGAAUCGUUCAGAGAAAAGGUUUGACUCCUUAUUCCCCUUCUAUUAGGCAUGACAGAUUAAUGUCUUUGAGGGCAGAUCACUGUUGGGCUAAAUCUUUCUUUGGUUAUGAUUCCAUAUAACUAUAAAACAGUCAGAACGUUAUGGGGUUUAAAAAGAGAGGUUUAUUGCAGUUUCCAACACUGAAACUACAGGCUAAGUGUCUCUCCUUUCUCAAAAAGUAAAUCAGAGCCAUAGAUACGCAUGCACUCAACCUUCUCACAGAUACACAGACCUAAAACACAUUACAAGACAAUCACUAUAGAUUCUGCAGCAAAACUGCUAAAUUAACUUUCUGUGAAUGCACUUAACCUCACAGUGAAUCCUUCCCCUUUGUUUGGUGCACGAGCGGGUGGCACUCCAAACAUUUGGGGCAGAAUUCAAAGCCUUCAGCUCCACCAGCAGUUGUUUCUCCCUAACUGAUGUAAGAACCAUGCCCAAUCCUCAGCUAGAAGCAGCAAGAUUCAGACAUCUAUUGCAAAACCUCUACUUCAAUCCUUGUUUGAACUAGACGUUACACUUGGUUGAUGAACUCCACUAUACAGUCCUUGGGUCACUGCAGGAGCUGUGUAUGAGGUGGAGGGGUGCUGAUAUUGCUGUAAUUUAAGUUCCCUGCUGGGGAAAUUUCUGUAAGAGAGAGCUUUGUUCACUGGAUUAUUUUUAAGACAAUGUGUGAGAAUGCCUGCUGGGAGGUGCUGCUCUGGUCAGCAUGAGUUUGAUUUUUCCUUUGGAGUGGCUUUUUCAGGGAAAAGAACACAGUUUCUUUGAAAUAGCAGGGGUUUUUUUUGUUUGUUUGUUUGUUUUUUGUAAAAAAAUCUAAUUCUAGACUUCUAUUCACCUGUGAAAUUAAUUAACAUGCUCUUUAACAGAAAUAUUACGCUACUGGGUCUUUGCUACCUGAAUGGGAAUAUCCUUUUAUUCUGCUUUUCUUCAGCUGGUCUAAAAGAUUUCGCUCAGAAUCUGUUGAAAGCCUUGUCCUGUAUUUGUAGCAGUGCAUGGCUACUUAGAGAGCAGGAGUCUGACAGACCCAUCUUCUUCUGGACUCCAAGCCUUGGCCUUCCCACAUGCCAUUACGGCUGUCCCUGGAUCCAUGGGGCACCUCUGUGCUGUGGGAAUUGCCUUCCAGAGAGACUGACCCAGAGGUGUAAGCAGGGUUAUCAGGCCGCCAAACUGCAGUGCCUAUGAGGCUGUGCACAAUGGUGGGAAUAAAAACGGUUCAAGAGUGUACUGACUCAGAAUAAAAUUUCUAGGGUCAGGCCACCAAACCAAAAUGAGCCAACACUGGUUUCAGUAAAGUUAAAAUAUUCCAUUUCAAAUGGAGACAAAAUGCACUAAAGUUCAUGAGUUCAUGAAUAGGUUUCUCUUUCUUUUUUUAACUUGUGAACUUCCAUCUACAGUGAGUCUUUAAUUUCAUUUUUUUCCCCUGAUUUGGGAUGAGAGCAAAUGCUGAAAUACUGGAAUGAAUUUCUUCCUGCCCAGGGAGAAGGUAGCUGAUGCGUAUGAGCAACUAUUUUCAGGGUUAGUACAGCUGACUCCGAAGACUUGCACGUUGGAGCAGGGAAGGUGAUGGUGAGUAGAUAGGUGAUGGGGAGGGGGAGUGGGAGUGGGCAGACAGCAGGAGACAGGAAUGAGAAGCUGCAAUGUGAGCUACAGCAGAAGAGAAAGGAGAGAGCAAAAGUUUCUGCUUAGUUGCCUGGGCUGUAGGAACAGCUGCAUUGUUCUGGUGUUUCACUGUUGCCCAGUGCCUAGCCCAGCACCUUCAGUUUUGCUGAGUGACCAGCAGAAAUGCAGCCAGUGCUACACUGAGGGUUCCCAUCAGGGAGAGCUCGGGGCUCACUACAGUGAGGGCAAGGAGCAGAGACCCAAGCUCAGCCUGGCACCCACCCUGCAGUGCCAUGCAGUUUCACUUCUGCUUUACCAAGCAGCCAAGCCCUUCCACACCAACUGAGCUGGGGGGAGCAGGGCCGGAUGGUGAGCGCGCUGCUUGGGGCACCGCGGCCUUUGCAAGCCAGAUAGUCUCUCUGCCACUAAAUCUUUUUUUGCAAACCUAACAGAAUACUCAUCUCUGGUGUGACUGGGAAGAAGCACUGGUUCUUAUUCCUAACACACUGCAGUGUUUACUAUGCUGAUGAUUUUAUUAUUUGACAAGGUUCUUAAUUUUUUUUUUUUAAAGUAUACCAAAUUGAUACACUCUGUCCAUCAACAAUGCCUUCCUGGAAUGAGUAGCUAAUUAUAGAGCAGGACUUGUGAAAAGACGAACUCGUGUUAUGCACAGAACAGGUUUCUCCAGUAUUUACUGCCUACAUUAAUGGUCAAGCUUCCCUGUAAGUAAUAGUCAAAUAAUCGGCCUGGGUCCUUUUGUGAAUGGUUUGAGCCUGUGUGGUCCUUCUUUGUUUGAAUAGCUCAUAGUUCCUGAAAGCUCUUGCAUCCUCUGUUCUGAGCAGCAGAGCCCGGUGGUACCAGCUGCUUCUGACUGAAACAAACAUUUGCAUGUGACAUUUAAAAAAAAAAUCUGAUUUCAAAAAUGUAUUUGGUUUUCCUUAUUCCCUCAUUUUUCAGCCCUUCUUUGAUUGCUGGAAAUAUUUAGAAAAUGAACACAUUCAGCUUUUGCUAACAAGCAUCUUUUAAAAAAGUAAAGCUUGAAGAGCAAAGAGAAAUCUUCAGAAAUAAAGCAGCAGCCAGUGUUUGGAAAUAUUUUAACAAUAGACCAUAUGGGAGUCCCAAACUAUUAAGCUUCAUUAUUCAGAAGGCAGAAAAUGUGGUUUGAUAUUCAAUUGAUAUAGAGCACAAAUGAGAGCCGCAAACUCGGCUCCCUUGAGCUGGGAUUCAGAUGUUCUCCUGAAUAUAAUAACUAACGCUUUGGCCUAGUUCCACAGAAUGCAUCCAGCCUGCUGGUCACAAGCCAAGAAACUGUAGGCUUUUUUCUUCCCUUCCCCUCUUUUCUCCAAAGUACUUUCCUGCCAGCGUGAGCUUUUGGCCUGCAUAUAAAUCUCCAGAUAUUAGAUGCUUAGAGAAAAUGGGGAGGAUGCUAGUAGUGCACAGCAGCGGAGCUGUGUGUGUGUAUGUGCAUUUGGUUUUCCUCAGCUUUAACGAUAAUAAGGUUUUCUCUCUGUGAUAUGCUGUUGGGGGAUUAUGCUGGUCAUAGGUGGGCGCUUCUUUGUUCCUGUUUCACUGUUUGUUUCUUAUUGCUGCAGGAGCAGAUGAACAUGUUCUGGGGUUACUGUGAAAUGGUGCCAGAGACCAUGAGAGUGUAGAAUUUGUUGGACAGAGAGACUGGAAGUGGUUUCAGUUGUUUGUUGUUGCUGGUUUUUUUUUCCUGAUCUGACUUGCGUAUAUUUAUCAUUGUCCUCUCCCCUUUCUUUCACUUCUGUCUUUACUUUUUCACCUAUGGAGAAAAUAACCCAUAAAAGUUGCUUAUAAAACACUACUUAUGUGGACUAAGAUUGCAUGUAUGCAAGGGGAGACAGAAAGUUACCCAGAUACCGUGACCAAGUACUGCAGGCUGGAUCACCUGUUAGUUUUUGACAAAGGAUCCCUGAUUCGCAGUGUAUGGGAUGGAACAGCUUUGUCAGUGUGAAUGUGGCAGGAAGCUAUUCUGUACUGAAUCAGCAUGGGAUAGAGUGCCUAGAAGAUGUUCAGACCAAGCACAGCUAGCGCGCCUGGUUCUCCAUUCUGCAUCCGUGCAGCCACGUUCUAUUGAUGGCCUGUUGUGAUUUCAAUGGAACAUCAUGGGAUGUACCUGGCACGUCGGGCAGCACUGGAUGGAGGUGCCUUUAGCCCAAUGUACCUGGCAUGGUGGUAAAGUGAAGGUGCAAGGAAGAGAAGGUGGAGAUGGAACUGCCAAAUCAUGCCAAACAACUGCUACUGCAGCUGAACCAGCAACGAGCCAAAGGUUUCCUCUGUGAUGUGAUCAUUGUGGUAGAAAAUGCCCUGUUUCGUGCCCAUAAGAACAUCCUGGCAGCCAGCAGCAUGUAUUUCAAAUCCCUUGUCCUGCAUGACAACCUGAUUAACUUAGACACGGACAUGGUGAACCCCACCGUGUUCCGGCAGAUCUUGGACUUUAUUUAUACUGGUAAGCUCUUAACGACUGACCAGCCCGGUGAACAGAACUUCAGUGCUCUCCUCACCGCAGCAAGCUACCUCCAACUGCACGACCUGGCAGCUCUCUGCAGAAAGAAGCUGAAGCGGAACAGCAAGUCCUUCGCUGGCAAGGCCAGUGGCCUUGGUGUUGGGAGAUCUGCCAGGAGUCAGAGACUUUCCACUGCUUCUGUCAUUCAGGCUCGCUAUUCAGGGUCAAAUGAGGGGUUGAAGGGCUCCCAUUCAAAGGAGCUGUCAAAGGGAAAGCUCUCUGAUGACGAGGUCUUUAUCAGCAGCUCCAAUCAAGAGAACUGUCACUCCUUAAGCAGGGGAGCCAGUAAGAAUUGUGGUGGGGGUGGUAGUGCAAAUGGGAGCACUGGCGACCAGGAGCUUGGCCUCGAUUUGUCCAAAAAAAGUCCAUCACUCCCUGUUGCAGCCUCCCAUGAUGACACGCAGCACAGCGAAAGCCAGCAUGGCUCUCCUCAAUCUGCCUCAGCCCCUGCAGCCAACAGUGCCUCAUCGUUUGACGAGUCUGGAGUUGGAGCCCCUCACAGCAUAGCAGACAGUAGCGACCCCAUGGAGAUGGAUCUGAGCGAGGAGUGCCACCACUCGCUGACUGAGAGCAGCCAGCGCAAGGGCCUCCGGCAUUCAUCCCGUAAGAAGGAGUGGAUCAAGAAAGAUAAUGCCUUUGACCGAAAGGAUGGGGGCAAAGAUAGGGAUGAAGGUGAAGGGCUGCCCAAUGGGAUCCUGCUGGGGCCCUUAUCCAAGUCUGUGGAGAGGAGCCUGGCUGGGGCCUAUGGCGCAGACCUGCCCUACUCAUGUAAGGAGGAGGUAGAAAAUGGCAAGGAGAACAGUGAUGACAGUGGCCAGAGUGAGAGCGAGAGUGGCGGGCAUACCAGUGCCAACUAUGUCUACCGGCAGGAGGGGUUUGAGCCGGUGGCGUAUGGUGACAACCUGUAUGUCUGCAUUCCCUGUGGCAAAGGCUUCCCCAGCUCUGAGCAGCUGAAUGCCCAUGUGGAGACGCACACCGAGGAAGACCUUUACAUCAAAGAGGAAGGCACAUAUGGUGGCAAGGAUGAAGCUGAGGAUUUGUCCAACCCCAACCAGUCCUACUCUGCAGAGUCCCGGCCCUUCAAGUGCUCUGUGUGUGAGAAGAGCUACAAGGAUCCAGCUACACUGCGACAGCAUGAGAAGACUCACUGGCUGACGCGGCCUUUCCCUUGCAACAUCUGCGGCAAGAUGUUCACGCAACGGGGCACCAUGACACGGCACAUGCGCAGCCACUUGGGGCUCAAGCCCUUUGCUUGUGAGGAAUGCGGGAUGCGCUUUACCCGGCAGUACCGACUGACAGAGCAUAUGCGUGUCCACUCAGGAGAAAAACCCUACGAAUGUCAACUGUGUGGUGGGAAAUUCACCCAGCAGCGCAAUCUGAUCAGCCACCUGCGAAUGCAUACCUCUCCCACAUAAGCCAAAGACUCCAGAAUGAGCUUCGAGCCCAUCCGCAGUGAUUUACCUUUCUGUAAGACUUGCUGCUUAAAAAAAAACAAGAAAAAAAAACAAACAAAAAAGGGGGCAACUCCCCAUACUCUGUUCAGUCAUGGGAGGCCUAAACAAAUGUAGCUUUAACAUUUUUUUAAAAAGUUGUUUUCCUUUUUUUUUUAAAAAAAAAAAGAAAGGUCCACAGCCAAGCUGAUGCAUUUAGUUCAACUCUCCCUCAAAAUCUUGGUGGUCUAGCAAGAAAUGUCACUUCUUUUCAUGAACACUGACUUCACUGUCAUUUUGAUAAUCUCAAGCAAGAAGGAGGACCACGGGGAACUUUUGUUUCUGCUGGAUCCAGCCUCCCUGCCUUUUUCCUAUGUGAUGCUGUGGCCCUACUCAUGUCCUCUAAUAAAAUCAAACGCAGUACGGUAUUUCUUGCCAUUCAAAAGAAAAUAGCAUACAUCUGUGAAAUAACAUUUCAUUGCCCUCACAAAUGCGGAAGCUGUGUCUGUGGACCAUCUUGCAGGGUUGGCAGCCCCUUUGGAUGCCAUGGUAAAGUGAAAGCAGUGGUGGAACCCACCACCCGACCUGCUGGGCUGGCCACGUUGGGGAUACCCAUCUACCUACGCAUGCACCACCAGGGUGCUCUGCUUAAAGAAAUGGUGAUGCUUCCCUUGCCAUCCCUCCCUCGUUUGGUUUUGAUCUUUCUCCUUGGCACAAGUAACCACACACCACCUUUUCCCACAAAACACGCAAACCUCUUCAGCCUUACCCAUGACUGAACAGGGACUGGAUGCCCUGGGAAUUUCUUUCAGUGAGCAGGGGGUCGUCUUUACUUUUCUAGUAGUUUCGUAUGAAUAUUCUUUGCUUAGAGGUACUUUUAUUAAAGGAAAAACCAUUGUAACGUUUAUGUGAAUGUUUGAACUGGAAGGUCUGAGGUUAAUUCUACAGUGGGUGGGUGGGGAGGGGGUUUGAUGUAGGCUGGACUUGCUACAAGUUCCUUAGGUACUUUUUUAUUACUGUUUAUUUUAUUUUUUUGUGUGUGUGUAUGUUUUUAGCUUUCCUCCCUCACUAAAGAAUGAGUCUGUGUGGACAGACUUGUUACCUUUGCUACCUCUUGAAUUCAUGAGAACAAUAAGAUGGUUAGUGAAAGAUUAGGCAUUUUUUUCUCUUAUUGUAAGUAAUUAAAUGUAUAAAAGUAGAAGCUAAAUUAAAGUUAAGGGAUUUUUACCACCCUGUCCUUCCAUCAAAAGUCAGCUAGAGAAAUGUUAAAGCAAACUCAGCCAAAGACAAAGCAAAAAAUAUGCUGAGCCAGAAGCUGUGCUGGCUGCUUGGACUGGCUCGCUCAGUCUCUUGGCUGUUUGUAGUCACUUUUAGAUAAAAGAAGAAAACUUCUCUGAGCUUUCUGGGCCCUUUCCAGCUUUGUUUAUUGAAUCUGGAUACUAUGGGGAGAGGGAAAUGCCCCCCUCAUCUUCCACUCCCCCAGCACAUCUGGGUCAGUCUGUAAACACCUGGCAGGACAGAGGGUGAGGGCAUAGCAGCCUAUAAUUUACUAGAAUCCAGAGUGCAAUAAGGUGGAGGAGAGGAGGAAAAAGCAAACCAAAGUGUUUCAUAUCCUCUCUUUUACACAAUUUAACACACGCACACAAAAAGAAAGAAAAAUGAAAAGAAAAAGAGACAAAAUGUUCUUGCAACAUCUGCAUAAGACAUCACAGCCAACAGCUGCUAUUGGUUUAGGAGAAGAGACAGAGAACUUAGCCCACCAAUUCUUGGCCCCCUUGACUUUGUUGGCGUGACCUUGCGGAAAGCUAUGGCUUAUUUCAAGCCUCCCGUGACUGUGGUGGUAAAAAUUCACAGCCAGUAGAAUCAUCCCUUCUGAAUUGAGAAAAGUUUACACUUGUAUUUUUUUUCUCUCUCUCUCUUUUUUUCUUUUUUUUUUUCAGCUCAAACCAGUAUAGCCUCUGCGUAGGGUUUACCAAACCUCACAUUUUAUCUUUAAAAAAAAAUUUUUUUUAAAGUUUUGACCAAAAAAAAAAAAAAAAAAGAAAAAAAAGAAAAAAGUGAACACGUUUGUCUAAGAAAUAUAAGCUUCAUUUUCUUUUUUCUUUUUUUUUCUUUUUUUUUUUUUUUGUUAAGAUAGACUAGUCCAAAAGAAGUUUUUGGGUCAAUUGAAUGAACUGAGGAAGCUGGAAUCCAGGCUCCGAGCAAUAGACUAACCAAGCUGCGCCUUGGCCUGGUGUCACGUUACAGGGAACACGCUGCCCCUCUCCUGCCCGCUCUGCUGUGCUGUUUGCUCCUGCUAUUGUCUGCCUGCUGCGGCCCCGCUGCGAGCUGGGGGCAUGAGGGGCGCACAGACUUUUCGUUUCUCAUUGUGUUGAGGCACGCUAUUUUCCUUUGGGGGGGCUAGGUGUGUUUUUAGUGUAUUUAUCACUUCCACAUUUUGAAUUUAUAUUGAAUUCUUCUUCCUGCCAACCCCCUCCCUAAGAACGUCCCCAAAAUCAUCUGUGGGGAAACGGGGAAGGCCUUGCCAUCUACCUUCUUCUCGAAGUAAGUCCCAGCAGGGUGCAAGGACAGCCAUGCAAGAUUAGUUCCAAGGCACUUUCACGCUGCCUUCAUCUUCCCUCCAACAGCCUGAAAGCUGAGCUCAAUUCCCUGCUGGCUUUGGCUGCUGCCACAGCAGUGCCUUCUUUUCUGCUGGCUGGCUCAGAACCCACCAAGUCCUGAUUUUCACAAUAAUUUUUAGCUCUCUUAGUGAGAAACGUGAAGCUGGCAAUAAGCUCUGCCUUUGCAGUAGGCUUUGGGCACCAUUUUUCCCCCUUUGCUCAUAGCCCUGCAGUUUGCUGUGGUGAUGGAGUAAGUGGGAGGGCAGCUGUGCAGAGGCCCUGGGACACAGCUGGAGCUGGGGCUGCUGAGCCAAGGUAUUGAGCACCCACAGCUCAGGGAAGCACGACCAGAUCCGAAGUGGGCAACCAACCUGCUCCCUCUUGUUUAAUUCCAUUUUUACAAGCAUGCGUGUGAGUGAUGUAGCCUCCCCUUCCCCUUCUAGGUUCCCUCUUCAUUUGUUUCUUAAGCUUUGAGAAUCAUUUUGAAGUUUCAGGACCCAGUGCUUUUUUUUUUUUUCCCCCAGAGCGGCUUUUUUACUUUAUCCCCCUCCCCCAGCACUUAAACAAUACGACAUAAAGUCUGUGUACAGCAAGAGUAUUGUACAAAAGGAAAUUUUGUUCUUUUUUCAAGUAGCUGUGUAAAGUUGUGUUCCAUAGAUUGAGUAUAAACAUUUUCCAAAUUGUGACAGUAAUAAUAAAUUAAUAAUACUCAAAACUUCAGGGACUGUUUAAGGCCUGCUUGGGGCCUGAACACUCAACUGCAUUUGUACGACAUAGUAUUGUAUCAAACAUUUUUCUGUAUUUUAAUGAGAAAGCAAAACACUAGUUUCAUAUUUAAGAUUUUAAGAGUUUUAGGGUGGGGGGAGGGAGUUGCUUUUUUUUUUUUUUUUUUUUUUUUUUUGAGAUACACAGAGAGCCUCAAGAGGAAUAAAACAUUUAAAGAGAAAAAAAAAAAAAAAAAGAAAAAAAAAAGAGAAAAAAAAGAGGCCUGGCAGCUUAAGCAUAUGCUUUAGUCACUUAGUUCCAGAAGGUUUUCGGAGUAACAGGAAAAAAAGAAGAUAAAAUAGUGAAAGUUGUAUAAAAAAGAAGCUCACACCCAAAUUCACAAAACUAUUUUUUAAACCAAAGCACAUUUGAAUGAUUAUGGAACCUCACUUGGCUCAGAAAAGUACUAAUAUAUUUAUCUCAUUGUUUACAUAAACUUUUACAGUUUCAGACCUCAACAGAUCUAGGGGCCAGUCAAAAUUAAUCUUUGCUUUUUCCAUUGGUUUCUCUUCUGAAGGCUACUGCAGGUUCCCCAAAUCGGGAGGGGAGAACCUGCAAGCCAGCCUGCAUUCCAGCACUGCUCGGUGAGGGCGGGGAGGAAAAGCAGUCAGAACUAUGGCACGUAGAUUUAGGAUGUUUUUGUCUCCAACCCAUGAGGGACACUGCUGCGCAAGGCCCAGGCCCUCAUAGUGUGCAGGCCCUGCUGCUAAGGUCCACAGCCUACAGCCACGGGGAGCAGCCAGCCUCUUCCUCAGAGAAGCAUGAGUGGGUAUCAAGAGGGUAGAGGCAUGGGAGUAGUUCUGCGGAUCAGAGAAGGGUGUUGUCAGAAACGAGGGAGCUGCUGUACCCAGCUCAUCUCCCUAGCACUAGCCAUGGCCGAGCUAGGUUUAGCUGUUUUCCAACCCUUACUGCAAGACCUCCAAAACCAAAUUCCUGGCAAAAAUAAAUGAAAGCUCAGCUCUGUGCAUUUGGGGAAGUUAGCAGGAGCCACAAAGAUCACAGAAAACACCAAAGAGCUAUUGACAUGCAGCUUCUGUGAGGCUCUGUGGCUGCUGAUGUGAAAGAGUAUGCACAACUCUGUGCCACACUCUGUGCCAGCAUGGGCUGGGCAGAGGCGGCAUCUCCCUGCGAAAUGCAGUGGUGGCCAGGGAAGCUUUAAUGGUCUGGGGUGAGGGCGCGAGCGCAGGCACGUAGCGCCCUUCUUCUGCCCAGAGCUGUGCCGGAGCCUGAGCUAUGCUGUUCCGACUGUCUGAGCCACCUUUUAAUUAAACAGCCGGAGUGAUUCACUCCAUACUUUACAGUCAUGCGCAAAGAGACCAACCAAAACCCAUAAGGCUUUCUAGGUGAAACCUAAGAUAGAUUUGCAUGUUAGAACAGUCUAAUGAUGACCAAUGAAGGUGGUUUGCAAAAAUACUGCUGAAGCCAAAAAAUAUUUUUUUUAGAAAACCGCUCCAUCAUUAGUCUUGACCCUUUGUAGCUUUCACAUUCUACACCAAAGCCACCACAAACAUUUGAUGGGGGGCUGAUGGAAAAUGAAAUAUUAAUUUUGCCUGGUCUUAAUAUCUAACAAAGAUGGUGCAAACACUAUUUGACAGUGUUGUUUUUGUAUCAAGAUGUAUGUGCAGUAAUGAAUGUAUUUAUUUCUCAGAUUCUGUAUGCACAGUUUUGCAAUGUAAUUCAGAAAGUUGCAAACACAAAGAUGUGUCUGCAGGGUCUUCUCUACAGGAUUUCAAAAAAAUGAAAAAAAAUAUAUUUAAAAAAAAAAAAAAAGAAUCUCAGAGACUCUCAGCAUAGCCAUAAACCAUAACCUGUGAAGACAAUACAAAGACUGGACUUUUGUAGCUUUGCAUAGAAGAGGAAUUUAUGUUUUGCUGUAUUUAAAUGUUUCCACUUACAGUGUCACUCUUUUUAAGAUCCCUAUUUUGUUUUUGUUUUUGUUUUUUUCCUCUCUGUCGUGUGUGCAGAAAGCAUUGUUUUCAAGCAGUGCAGGUUCAGUCUGGGUUAGCAGUAUUUUACCUUGUUGCUUCAGUUCUGAAAAGCAGGAGUAUGGGUCUUGACCAGGGGAAACAUCCAGUGCACUCAGUGCAACCAAGUGAAUUUUGAGGUGAAUGCUGGCAAAAUUUGGAGAAUGUAAAAGUCAUCAGAGGAACAGUUGUGUGCUUCCAGUUGCAGCUUGUGACUGAGAUGAGUCUCAUGUCCUGCCUGAAGGUCAGAACAUAGCUUCUUUUUAAAACCCCCUCUCAUCCUCCACUUACUGUUUACUGUGGAAGCAAUAAGGCUCCAAAAGCGGGGAGUAAAUGCCUAAGAUAGCUAGAGGAAGCUUUGUGCCAAACUCAACAGCAUCUGUGCCAUCUUGUGAUGGGCCUUGUAAACAAUAUGGAAGCAUCAGAUUCCAAAUCGUGCAAGGUGACUAGAGUCCCUAGGAAAAGGUAUACUUCACAAGCCUCUCAUUCCAGUACUGGUAGAAUUAGCAGUUAUGGACCUGCAACAGUCUUAAAAACUAGUAUAAAGAAAGGGGAUGUUUGUUGAUUUCUGUGAUCCUGGGAGAUUUAAGUGGACUUUAGCAUUUUUCCUUAUUUUUUUGUUUGAAUUUAAUGAUUUUCUCACCAUCAACAAAGUUUCUUCAGAUAUUGCAAAACCCAUUUUUCAUAAGCUUGCUCUUGUGCUCAAGCACUGGCCAUAUCGUAGAAAAAUAAAUUCUGGAAGUUCCUUUCCUGAGUUUGUUGCAUCGUUUUAAGUCCCGUGGUACCUUAUUGCCCUGAUUUUGGUGCACGAGAUAAACAGGCAAGCUUAUCUCUCUUCCUAUUGUAAUCAUCCUCUUCUUCCCCCCUUUCUCUAGUUUUCCAAUGCAUUUUGAAGCCCAGAGUUGAACACAUAGGGAUCAGCAGAUCAGUAUUUAUUGAACAGAACAGACCCUGCAGGAUGCCAUAUAGAGGGAGGGUUUAAAACAAUAUUUCAUGAAACAAAAUUUGCUGGCAGUUAGGGGACACACUUUGUAGUGCUUGCUUUUCCUGAAGAGUGGGAUGUUUUUUAGACUUCUCCUUCACAAGUUAUCAACUGGAGCACCUAGGACAGCUGUUCGAACUUCCACAAGGGUUCUAACUGGCUGACGAAAACUUUCCUAAUGAGGACAGGACCUUAUUUUGGCUGGCUGGAUAUUUUUUCCCAUUUUAUUUUAGUAUUUUAAAUGCAAUUAAAAGAGGUAUGUUCCAUCUCUUUCACUUUUUUUUUUUUUUUUUAAAGCCUUAACUAUCAGCCAGUCUAGGUGCCCUGGAUGUUUCCUGGGGAAGUGGAGAAGAAGGGAGGGUAAGGGAAAGGCCGACACUCCUGCUUCAGUGUUCUAUUCAUUUCCUUCAAGAGCUUGAAUUCAGGUCAGAGCCGCAUGUAGUUGUGGCUUCAACUCAAGUGUCAUAUAAGAAGAUACAGAAAGUAUAAUAUGAUCUCAGCAUUCAGAAAUUUGCAGUCUUAAUGUACAGUGAUGAGAAACUGUUAUUUUAUGAUCUUUUCAUUAAAAGCUUGAUUGAAAAAUUA